GACGAAUUUCACCUUAGUGGCGAGCAUUAAUGUUGAUUUUCUCCGGUGAAUGCCUAAGUGACGCAGGCUUCAAAACACCCAGCAACAUCUACAAACUCCCCAGCAUAUGGCUCUUCGCAUGGAUAGCCUAUUUAAUACAUUUGGUGUUAAAGGUACAGAAAGGGGUAUGUCUUUUAUUUUUAUGACACAAUUACAUGUAUUUCCCAUAAAAGGUAGCGUCGGCAAAGGCGAUUAAGCUAUCAGUGGGUUGCUUUAUCGGCCUUGCAAAGCAUACUAUGUGAAAAUUCAGAAGAGCUCAAUAGCAAAUGUAAGAUAGGUG